AUGGCCUCGGAAGUGGUGUGCGGGCUCGUCUUCAGGCUGCUGCUCCCCAUUUGCCUGGCAGUAGCCUGCGCCUUCCGGUACAAUGGGCUCUCCUUCGUCUACCUCAUCUACCUCCUGCUCAUCCCCCUGUUCUCGGAACCGACUAAAGCCACCAUGCAAGGACACACAGGACGGUUGUUAAAGUCUCUGUGCUUCACCAGUCUCUCCUUCCUGUUGCUGCACAUCAUUUUCCACAUCACGUUGGCGAGUCUGGAGGCACAGCACCGCAUUGCACCUGGUUACAACUGCUCAACCUGGGAGAAGACUCUCCGACAGAUCGGCUUCGAAAGCUUAAAGGGAGCCGACGCUGGCAAUGGGAUCCGAGUGUUUGUGCCUGACGUAGGCAUGUUCAUCGCCAGCCUGACCAUCUGGCUUGUCUGUAGGAACAUUGUUCAGAAGCCAGUGGCCGAAGAGGCCGCGCAGUGUAACCCGGAGUUUGAGAACGAAGAGUCGGCUGGAGGAGAAAAAAUAGACUCCGAAGAGGCCCUGAUCUAUGAAGAGGACUUAGAUGAAGGAGACGGUGCUGAAGGCGACUUGGAGGAAAGCACGAAAUUAAAACUCUUCCGCAGGCUGGCCUCCGUGGCCUCCAAGCUGAAGGAGUUUAUUGGCAACAUGAUAACCACUGCGGGGAAGGUUGUUGUGACGAUUUUACUGGGUUCAUCAGGGAUGAUGCUGCCCUCUCUGACCUCGUCCGUGUACUUCUUCGUGUUCCUGGGCCUGUGCACCUGGUGGUCCUGGUGCCGGACCUUCGACCCCUUGCUGUUCAGCUGUCUCUGCGUACUGCUGGCCAUCUUCACCGCGGGACACCUGAUCGGACUCUAUCUGUACCAGUUCCAGUUCUUCCAGGAAGCCGUUCCCCCCAACGACUACUAUGCCAGGUUGUUUGGUAUCAAAUCAGUCAUUCAGACGGACUGUUCCAGCACGUGGAAGAUCAUUGCCAACCCCGACCUGUCCUGGUACCACCACGCCAACCCCAUCGUCCUGCUGGUGAUGUACUACACGCUGGCCACUCUGAUCCGAAUCUGGCUGCAGGAGCCUGUUGUGCAGGAAGAGAGAACCAAAGAGGAGGACAGAGCCCUGGCCUGCAGCCCCGCACCCAUCACUGCCGAAAGGAGGCGGAGCCUGUGGUACGCGACCCACUACCCCACGGACGAAAGAAAACUUUUAUCCAUGACUCAGGAUGACUACAAGCCGUCUGACGGCCUGCUGGUGACCGUGAACGGCAACCCCGUGGACUACCACACCAUCCACCCCAGCCUGCCGCUGGAGAACGGCCCUGCCAAGGCUGACCUGUACUCCACGCCGCAGUAUCGCUGGGAGCCCGCUGCCACCUCCCCGGAAAAGAAGGAGGAAGACGAUGAUGAGAAAGAAGAGUUUGAAGCGGAGCGGAGCCGGGAGGAGAAGAGGAGUGUCAAAGUGCACGCCAUGGUGUCUGUGUUCCAGUUCAUCAUGAAGCAGAGCUACAUCUGCGCCCUUAUCGCCAUGAUGGCCUGGAGCAUCACCUACCACAGCUGGCUGACCUUCGUGCUGCUCAUCUGGUCCUGCACCCUGUGGAUGAUCCGCAACCGGAGGAAGUACGCCAUGAUCAGCUCCCCGUUCAUGGUCGUCUACGGAAACCUGCUGCUCAUACUGCAGUACAUAUGGAGCUUCGAGCUCCCUGAGAUUAAAAAGGUCCCAGGAUUCUUAGAAAAGAAGGAGCCGGGGGAGCUCGCCUCAAAGAUUCUGUUCACCAUCACAUUCUGGCUGCUGCUGAGACAGCACCUCACAGAGCAGAAAGCUCUCCAAGAAAAGGAAGCUCUUCUGUCUGAGGUCAAAAUCGGAAGUCAGGAAAGUGAAGAAAAAGAUGAUGAACAGGAUGUACAGGGGGACAGCGAGGCUCAGGAGAAGGAGGAAGAAGAGCAGCCGAAGGAGGAGCAGCAGGAGCGGAGAGAGGAAGAGGAAGAGGAAGAAGCGGACGAGCAGGACGUGAUGAAGGUGCUAGGGAAUCUGGUGGUGGCCCUGUUCAUCAAGUACUGGAUCUACGUCUGCGGGGGGAUGUUCUUCUUCGUCAGCUUCGAGGGUAAAAUUGUGAUGUACAAGAUCAUCUACAUGGUGCUCUUCCUCUUCUGUGUGGCCCUGUAUCAGGUGCACUAUGAAUGGUGGAGGCGGAUCCUGAAGUACUUCUGGAUGUCAGUGGUUAUCUACACAAUGCUGGUGCUCAUCUUUAUAUACACAUAUCAGUUUGAAAACUUCCCAGGCUUGUGGCAAAACAUGACUGGACUGAAAAAAGAAAAGCUGGAGGACCUUGGCCUGAAGCAGUUCACGGUGGCCGAGCUGUUCACGCGCAUCUUCAUCCCUACCUCCUUCCUCCUGGUCUGCAUCCUGCACCUGCACUACUUCCAUGACCGAUUCUUGGAGCUCACUGACCUGAAGUCCAUCCCCAGCAAGGAGGACAGCGCUGUCUAUAGGCUGGCCCACCCCGAGGGAAGCCUUCCGGACCUCGCCAUGAUGAAGCUGACUGCCAGCCUGGAGGUGGCGGAGGUCAAGCAGCUGGCUGGGCCUGUGGAGGAGACGCUGGGGGGAUGCCCUGCAAAAGCCAAGAAGGGCGAGCCUGGCAGGGACAGCGAGGAUGAGGAUGAGGACGAGGACGAGGAGGACGAAGAGGAGGAGGAGACGUCAGAUCUGAGGAACAAGUGGCACUUGGUGAUCGACCGCCUCACGGUGCUGCUCCUGCGGUUCCUGGAGGGCUUCCACCAGCUGCAGACAUUCUUAUGGUGGAUCCUGGAGCUGCACAUCGUCAAGAUUGUGUCCUCCUACAUCAUCUGGGUGUCUGUGAAGGAGGUGUCUCUGUUCAACUACGUGUUUCUGAUUUCCUGGGCUUUCGCUCUGCCAUAUGCCAAGCUCCGCCGUCUGGCCUCCAGCAUCUGCACCGUCUGGACAUGUGUGAUCAUUGUCUGUAAGAUGCUGUACCAGCUGCAGACCAUCAAGCCUGAGAACUUCUCUGUGAACUGUUCAUUGCCAAAUGAAAACCAGACGAACAUCCCCCUGCACCAGCUGAACAAGUCUCUGCUCUACAGUGCACCCAUCGACCCCACAGAAUGGGUGGGCCUCAGGAAGUCAUCUCCUCUGCUUGUCUACCUGAGGAACAACCUGCUGAUGCUGGCCAUUCUGGCCUUUGAGGUCACCAUCUAUCGCCAUCAGGAGUACUACCGAGGUCGGAACAACCUCUCAACCCCUGUGUCUAAAACCAUCUUCCACAACAUCACAAGACUCCAGCUGGAUGAUGGACUUGUUAACUGUGCCAAGUAUUUCAUCAAUUACUUCUUCUACAAGUUUGGUCUGGAGACCUGUUUCCUCAUGUCAGUUAACGUGAUCGGCCAGCGCAUGGACUUCUACGCCAUGAUUCACGCCUGCUGGCUGAUUGCCGUCCUGUACCGGCGCAGGAGGAAGGCCAUCGCUGAGAUCUGGCCCAAGUACUGCUGCUUCCUGGCUUGCAUCAUCACCUUCCAGUAUUUCAUCUGCAUCGGCAUCCCCCCUGCCCCCUGCCGAGACUACCCCUGGAGAUUCAAGGGCGCCAGCUUCAAUGACAACAUCGUCAAGUGGCUGUACUUCCCUGACUUCAUCGUUCGACCCAACCCCGUGUUCCUUGUGUACGAUUUCAUGCUACUCCUGUGUGCCUCGCUGCAACGGCAGAUCUUUGAGGAUGAGAAUAAGGCCGCCGUGCGGAUAGUGGCGGGCGACAACGUGGAGAUCUGCAUGAACCUGGAUGCAGCCUCAUUCAGCCAGCACAACCCCGUGCCCGACUUCAUCCACUGCAGGUCGUACCUGGACAUGUCCAAGGUGGUCAUCUUCAGCUACCUCUUCUGGUUCGUGCUCACCAUCAUCUUCAUCACUGGGACGACCCGUAUCAGCAUCUUUUGCAUGGGCUACCUGGUGGCCUGCUUCUAUUUCCUGCUCUUUGGGGGCGACUUGCUGCUGAAACCCAUCAAGAGCAUCCUGCGCUACUGGGAUUGGCUGAUCGCUUACAACGUCUUCGUGAUCACAAUGAAAAACAUACUGUCUAUAGGAGCAUGUGGCUAUAUUGAAAAAUUGGUUCAAAAUAGUUGCUGGUUGAUCCAGGCAUUCAGCCUGGCCUGUACAGUCAAGGGCUACAAAAUGCCUGAUGAUGACUCCUCAUGUAAACUGCCCAGUGGGGAGGCGGGAAUCAUUUGGGACAGCAUAUGCUUUGCCUUCCUGCUGCUGCAGAGAAGAGUGUUCAUGAGUUACUAUUUCCUGCACGUGGUGGCGGAUAUAAAAGCCUCGCAGAUCCUGGCAUCCAGAGGGGCUGAGCUUUUCCAGGCCACCAUUGUGAAGGCUGUGAAGGCCAGAAUCGAGGAGGAGAAAAAGUCCAUGGACCAGCUGAAGAGGCAGAUGGACCGCAUCAAGGCCAGGCAACAGAAAUACAAAAAGGGUAAGGAGAGGAUGCUGAGCUUGACCCAGGAGUCGGGGGAAGGCCAAGAUCUCCAAAAACUUUCUGAAGAGGAUGACGAGAGAGAAGCAGACAAACAGAAAACCAAGGGCAAAAAAAAGCAGUGGUGGCGGCCUUGGGUUGAUCAUGCUUCCAUGGUCAGGAGUGGAGAUUACUAUUUGUUUGAAACGGAUAGUGAAGAGGAGGAAGAGGAAGAAUUAAAAAAGGAAGAUGAAGAGCCCCCCCGGAGGUCAGCUUUCCAGUUUGUUUAUCAAGCCUGGAUUACUGACCCUAAAACAGCACUCCGACAGAGGCGCAAAGAGAAAAAAAGAUCUGCAAGAGAAGAACAGAAAAGAAGAAGAAAAGAAUCUGGGGAGGGUCCUGUGGAGUGGGAAGACCGGGAGGAUGAGCCAGUCAAAAAGAAGUCUGAUGGACCAGACAACAUCAUCAAAAGGAUCUUUAAUAUUUUGAAGUUCACCUGGGUCCUGUUUCUGGCAACCGUGGACAGUUUCACAACGUGGCUCAACUCCAUCUCCAGGGAGCACAUUGACAUCUCCACCGUCCUGAGGAUCGAGCGCUGCAUGCUCACCAGAGAGAUCAAGAAGGGCAACGUCCCGACCCGGGAGAGCAUCCACAUGUACUACCAGAACCACAUCAUGAACCUGUCCAGGGAGUCAGGACUGGACACCAUCGACGACCAUGCUGGCCCUGCUGCAGGUGCACAGACCGCCCACAGGAUGGACAGCUUGGAUUCCCACGACAGCAUCUCCAGCUGCUACACGGAAGCAACCAUGCUGUUCUCAAGGCAGUCCACCCUUGAUGAUUUAGAUGGACCAGAAACUGUGCCUAAAACGAGUGAGCGCGCUCGGCCCGGGCUCCGUAAAAUGCUCAGCAUGGAUGUGUCCUCCUCGUCAGCCGAGAGCACCAGCUUAGCCUCCAGCGAGCCCACGCAGUGCACGAUGCUGUACUCGCGCCAGGGGACCACGGAGACCAUCGAGGAAGUGGAGGCUGAGCAGGACGAGGAGGUGCCCGAGGGGGUCCAGGAGGCCGAGUCCCCACAGGACCCCACGGAGGAUGGCGAUGUGGAGGCCCCACCAUCGUACAGCAAGGCUGUCAGCUUUGAGCGCCUGUCCUUCGACUCCCGGGAUGACUCGGCCGGCCAGACCCACAUGGAGGUCAGCCCAGAUGACAGCCGCUCAGACCGGCUGGAGGCCAGCAUCCUGCCACCCCUGACCCACGAGCUGACAGCCAGCGAGCUGCUGCUGAACAAGAUGUUCCAUGACGACGAGCUGGAGGAGUCGGAGAAGUUCUACGUGGGGCAGCCGCGCUUCCUGCUGCUCUUCUACGCGCUGUACAACACGCUGGUGGCCCGCUCCGAGAUGGUGUGCUACUUUGUCAUCAUCCUUAACCACAUGGUCUCCGCCUCCAUGAUCACCCUCGUGCUGCCUAUCCUCAUCUUCCUCUGGGCCAUGCUGUCUGUCCCCCGGCCCAGCAGGCGCUUCUGGAUGAUGGCCAUUGUCUACACGGAGGUGGCCAUUGUGGUCAAGUACUUCUUCCAGUUUGGGUUCUUCCCCUGGAAUAAGAAUGUGGAACUGAACAAGGACAAGCCUUACCACCCGCCCAACAUCAUUGGGGUGGAGAAGAAGGACGCCUACGUGCUCUACGACCUCAUCCAGCUGCUGGCACUCUUCUUCCACCGCUCCAUCCUAAAGUGUCAUGGCCUCUGGGACGAAGACGACAUCGUGGACAGUGGCUCGGACAAAGUGGACUCGGAUGAUGAGCUGUCCCUCGGCCACGGCAGGAGGGCCUCCUCCGACUCGCUCAAGUCCAUCAACCUGGCUGCGUCUGUGGAGUCGGUGCAUGUGACCUUUCCUGAGCAGCCGGCCGCCGUCCGGAGGAAGCGCUCCAGCAGCGGCUCCCAGACAUCACAGGGAUCCAGCUUUUCCUCGAAUAGGUCCAAGAGAGGCAGCACGAGCACCCGGAACAGCAGCCAGAAAGGAAGCAGCGUCGUGAGCAUCAAGCAGAAGAGCAGACGGGAACUUUACAUGGAGAAGCUGCAAGAACACUUGAUCAAAGCAAAAGCCUUUACCAUAAAGAAGACCCUGCAGCUCUAUGUGCCCAUCAGGCAGUUCUUCUAUGACCUCAUCCACCCUGACUACAGCGCUGUCACCGAUGUGUACGUGCUUAUGUUCCUGGCGGACACCGUGGACUUUGUCAUCAUUGUCUUCGGCUUCUGGGCCUUCGGGAAACACUCGGCCGCAGCCGACAUCACGUCCUCGCUGUCCGAGGACCAGGUGCCGGGGCCCUUCCUGGUGAUGGUGCUCAUUCAGUUCGGGACCAUGGUGGUGGAUAGGGCACUCUACCUCAGGAAGACCGUCCUGGGAAAGGUCAUCUUCCAGGUCAUCCUGGUGUUUGGGAUUCACUUCUGGAUGUUCUUCAUCCUGCCUGGCGUGACCGAGAGGAAGUUCAGCCAGAACCUGGUCGCGCAGCUGUGGUAUUUCGUCAAAUGCGUGUACUUUGGGCUGUCUGCCUACCAGAUCCGCUGCGGCUACCCUACUCGGGUCCUCGGCAACUUCCUCACCAAGAGUUACAACUACGUCAACCUCUUCCUGUUCCAGGGGUUCCGCCUUGUCCCUUUCCUGACGGAGCUGAGGGCUGUGAUGGACUGGGUGUGGACAGACACGACCCUGAGCCUGUCCAGCUGGAUCUGUGUGGAGGACAUCUAUGCUCACAUCUUCAUCCUCAAGUGUUGGCGGGAGUCGGAAAAAAGGUACCCGCAGCCCCGGGGGCAGAAGAAGAAGAAGGUGGUCAAGUACGGGAUGGGGGGCAUGAUCAUCGUGCUGCUCAUCUGCAUCGUCUGGUUCCCGCUGCUCUUCAUGUCUCUGGUCAAAUCUGUCGCCGGGGUCAUCAACCAGCCCCUGGAUGUCUCAGUCACAAUUACCCUGGGCGGGUACCAGCCUAUUUUCACAAUGAGUGCCCAGCAAAGCCAGCUGAAAGUUAUGGACCAGCCAAUGUUUAGUAAAUUCAUUAAAACUUUUUCUAAGGACACUGGUGCUAUGCAAUUUCUGGAAAAUUAUGAAAAAGAAGACAUAACAGUUGCAGAACUGGAAGGAAACUCAAAUUCUUUAUGGACCAUCAGCCCUCCCAGUAAGCAGAAAAUGAUACACGAACUCAAGGACCCCAAUAGUAGCUUCUCUGUUGUUUUUUCAUGGAGUAUUCAGAGAAACAUGAGUCUGGGUGCAAAAGCAGAAAUAGCAACAGAUAAGCUUUCCUUCCCUCUUAAAAACACAACACGAGAGAAUAUUGCUAAAAUGAUAGCCGGCGGUGACACAGAAAGUUCCAGGACACCUGUGACCAUAGAAAGGAUUUACCCAUACUACGUGAAAGCACCCAGUGACUCUAACUCCAAACCCAUAAAGCAGCUCUUAUCUGAAAAUAAUUUCAUGAACAUCACCAUCAUUUUGUCCAGAGACAAUGCGACUAACUCGAACAGUGAGUGGUGGGUUCUCAACCUGACUGGGAACAGAAUCUACAACCAGGAAGCGCAGGCCCUGGAGCUGGUGGUCUUCAACGACAAGGUCAGCCCCCCCAGCCUGGGGUUCCUGGCCGGCUACGGUAUCAUGGGCCUCUACGCUUCUGUGGUGCUGGUGAUCGGGAAGUUUGUCCGGGAAUUCUUCAGCGGGAUUUCUCACUCCAUCAUGUUUGAAGAACUUCCCAACGUGGAUCGGAUUCUGAAGUUGUGCACAGACAUUUUUUUAGUCCGGGAGACUGGGGAGCUGGAGCUGGAAGAGGAUCUCUAUGCCAAAUUAAUAUUCCUGUACCGGUCACCAGAAACCAUGAUCAAAUGGACCAGGGAGAAAACAAACUGA